AUGACAGACAAUUUUCCUUCAACUGCGGAUGAACCAUCAGUGAUGCCACAUAUUUUAACAUUGGACAAUCCUUCCAUGGUGGACGAACCAUCAAUGCUGCAUCAUGAUGCAACAGCGGACCAUGCUACCAUGUUGGACCAACCAUCAAUGCUGCAACAUACUUCGACAGUGGAUGAUACUUCCUUUGUGGCCGAACCAUCAAUGCUGAAACAUUCGGCAAGAAUGGAUGAUCAUUCCACGGUGGACCAAACAUCAAUGAUGCAAGAAUAUUCUUCUGUGGUUCACAGUUCCACUACGGUAGAGACUUCCACGGUAAAUGAAACAUCCAUGAGGCAAGAACAAUCAACAAUGGAUGAUCCUUUCACGGAGGAUGAAAAUUCAACCAUGCUAAACCCUUUAAUGUUAGAUAAAGCCAUAGAAAGCAACAUGGUGACUGCCACACAGACACAGGAUAACAUUAAUGAGGAGCCUGUAUUGCACAGCCAGAAAAGUAAUAUUGAUACAGAAGAUACCAACCAGGUGGAAUUGAAUGCAGAGACUGCACAUUCUAGUGUAAUUGACCAUGGUCUUCAAGACCAAUUCCUGGACUCUACAAAUCAAGAAUGUGAAGUUAGCAGAUCACAAACCAUUAGCCAACAGGAUUCUUUAAAGGAAGCCAUGCAGCUAAUUGAGAGGAAUAGAAAUGAAGAAAUGAAAAGAAUUGAACAUCAAAUAAAUCAGCUGAAUAAUAAUAUACAGAUUCUCAACACAACACAAAGACAACAGAAUCAAGCACUUGUCACUCUUGCAAAUUUUUACGAUCAUCUUGUUUCAUCACAGAAUGUGGCAGCAAUCAACUACCAACAGAUGCAGCACAGUAUAAAUCAAAUGCUAGCAUGGCAGUAUGAGACUAUUACCAUCACACGCAUGAUUUCCACUUUCAUGCAACUGUUGACAGAAGAAAGACAAAGAAUGUCCAGAUCAGAUAAUCCUUAUUGUAUAUCCAAUGCUACAGCAGGAACCUUUGUAUCCAGCUGUACACGUGGAGACUAUCAGGAACAUAUGUAUCCACCUCUUUACCAGGACCCUAUGUAUCCACCACUGCAACAGUAA